CACCGCCAGGGGGCCGACAACCGCCCGACACCCAGGGAGAGAACCGAGAGGGUGACGCUAGAUUCACCUGGACGGAGCUGGAAACAGAAACAACAAAGCAGCCAUGGCUGCCAUAUACUCAGGUAUCCAUCUGAAGUUGAAGAGUCCACAGACUCCGUGGGAAGACAGGCUGAAGCUGGCCCGCUUUGCCUGGAUCUCCUCCCAGUGUCUGCUGCCCAACAAAGAGCAGGUUUUGUUGGACUGGUGCACCCACGCCCUGACAGUCUGGCACAAUAAGAAGGUGAAGUUCUCCCAGGAUGUCUUGGAAGGCCUGUGGUGCUAUCUGGAUGAAGUAGUCCACAGUCGCAAGCUACAUUCUUUAGUCAAAGAGGGAAAGACUGUAACUCUGAGGCUCAACAUGGCACAGCUGCUGCUGGACCACCUGCAGGACUGCACACAGGGCCGACCGCCAGUAUCUCUGGCCACCAUACUGAGUGUGUGUCGGGGGAUUCUUUCCUCUCCUGCUCUUUCAUCUGUGUUUACCAUAAAGUAUGAACUGAUGGUCAAUCUUCUGUCCAAGUUCUGCUUGUUGGCUUGCCAUGAGAUACAGAAGCAGUCGCCCCCAGAACGCCAGAAUGCUGCUAAAGCGGAGGAUCUUCAGACUGAACCUGCAACCGAUCUGGAGUCCGUCGCCGAACCCAAGAAAGAGCAACCCUCGGCUAAUCUGUUUGAAGGCUUGCUUCAGGUGCUGACUUGUUACUUAUCAGUGCAGCGGCAACAAGCCAACCCAAACAGAGUCUUCAGUCUGGUCACCAACCAGCUUUUCCAGCCGUUAGUGCUGCUCAGAUACCUGCUGACCUCUCAGGACUCGCACAGCCUUAUCCGUCAGCCGCUGCGCAGAGACGUCCGCACCAAGGUCGACUCCAUCCUCCAGUUAGCUCUGUUCCCCUCCGAGCUGCUGUCGUCCUACAAGGCAGAGCUCUUCCCACCCAAGGAGGACUCUGGGAAACGUGGUUCUGGUGGGGCGAAGGGGCCCCUGAAGCCCGUCAGCGCCUUGCUUUCCAAUCUGAACGCCCAGGAUUACUGCGAGCCGUCUCUGCGUUACCCUGUGAAGUCCGACACGUCGUCCCUAAUGUUCAGAUUCUUUCUGGAAAGCUACGGGAAAGGAAAAGAGGACAGCGAGGAGGAGCAGAGGAUGUUGUGUUUCUAUUUUCUAGCCAGACUGGUCCCCGUGUUAGAUCUUCAGGUUGACGGCGGCUCCGUUUCCCACGAGCAGAAAUGUCCUCCAGCCUCCACCGGCUCCCCGCAGAGCUGGGGCCAGGCUCUGCAGUCUCUGGAGUCUCUGCUGAACCAGGCGCUGGCAGCAGACAUCUAUAACAUCGCUGCAGACAGGAUAAGACACGGGGAGGUCCAGCUCAUCUUUUACAGAAAUGUGGCAAAAAUACUCCUUACUGAAGCACAGCCAAGCAUACCGUCCUGGUACCGGUGUUUAAAGGUGCUGUUGAAUCUCAAUCAUCUGAUUCUUGAGCCAGACUUGGAGCGGCUGCUGUCCUCGGCGUGGGUAGACGCUGAGAACAUGGAAGCACAAGUUCAGCGGGCCAGACAGCUGAUGGUGUGCAGCCUCCUCCAGACCUACACCAAGCUCCACCAGCUACCUCACCUCUUCACUUCGCUCCUCUCUGUGAUCUGUCAGCCGGCUCUGGAUGAGCGCCGCCCUCCUCUGCUCUCUGAGGGCGUGUCUGCUUCUCUCAGGACUUGUCUUCUGGACUCGUCGCCUUCUCAGGUCCUGGAAAUCUGCUCACUGGUGUUGCAGACCAUCAGGACGCGUUUGCUGCCCGACCUGGCGAACGAGGAAAGAGACGGAGAGGCGACGGAGAUAGACGGCAGACGCCAAAACAAAGAAGCCGCGUCUCUAAAGCUGUCCAGCCUCUGUCAGCUGCUCCAUGCCGUUUUAUUCAACCUGAAAACUCUGGAUAAUUCUUCCCCGGUUCUUCUCGUCAGGCAGGGCAAAGGCUUCAUGGAGGAGAUGAAGCAGACUAUCAACGACCUGCUACGUCUGUCUUCAAAGCCAAACUUGACUUCUGGUAAGAAGACUCCAAAGAAAGGCAGAAAGAAAGCGGUAAAAGCAUCUCUGUGGGAAGAGAAGACCCAGGAGGCCACUCUCCUGCUCAGAUACACCUGGGUGGAGGUGGACGUCCUCUUCCACAUCCACUGCAGCAAAUACACGUCUCUGGACUCGUUCCUGACAGCCGCUGAAGACGAGAGCGAAGCCUCUCCUCUCCUGACCCACGUGGAGAGGCUCGUAUCCGGGGCGAUCCUGCCAGCACACCUGCGUCCGUCUCCGUCCCGCAGCCCCAUGAGCUGUCUGCUGCUCAAACUGCUCACUCUGCAGCAGAUGAAAAAGGUUUUACUGGACAACGCGUUACUGGCCGAAGGCAACGCCGCAGCCCUGCUGACGAGGGCGGUCCGGUCCAUCGUAGCCAAGUCGGAGACGGAGGGGAGACCCGCCGGAGAGCAGGCGUGGGACGGUCAGCUGGGCAGCGUAAACGCCAGCACAUACGCCGCCGCGCAUUGGUACGUCGUCGUCUCAAACCUGCCUCUGAUCGUUCUCCACCUGAGCGAGGAAGACGUCAGCCACAUCGCCCGGGUGUUGGUGGCCUCGCUGAUGCGCGGAGACGUGGAGAGAGCCGAAGAUCAGCCGCCUGGAAGCCUGAGCGUCUCCUCCGUAUCCUCACAGCUGGCUCUGAGCAAAGUCUUUCCAGAGCUGCCCUCGCUGUUCUCUGCCACGGUUCGCGCCGUAGCGCGGAGGAUUGUCGGCGUGCUCAGAGCGGGACGCGCACCCAAAGCCCGUCCUUCCUUUCUGGUGGUCUACGAGAAAGAAGCCGCAUCGGUUCCCUCAGAGGUCGACGUUUGCCGGCCCGUUUUCUCGCCUCUGGUCGUCGAGGCCAUAGUUGAGGAUAUCUCUGCGUCUACUAAAGCCGGAGAGGCGUUUGUGCUGCUGACCCACGCGCAGACCAAGGAGCUCCUGAACGCGAUCCAGAUCUUAACAGACCUUAAUCCGGACGGGAUGAACGCCCAGGAUCUUUCCUCCACCUUCCUCCUCCUCCUCUUCGUGUUCGCCUCCGCGCAGCCAGAGCCGACGGCCGCGGAGCCGCUGGGAUCCGGAGGCGACGCUCCGUUGUUGGGGAAGCUGCUCGGCGCGCUGACUCGCCUCCUGGACGGAAACAACUUCCAAAGUGUUCUGAAGGUCAUCCACGGCGGGACUCUCCUGCAGACGACUCUGUCGUCUCUCCUGUGGCACGCCGGCUGCAGAAAGCCCGCAGCCACAACCGGCUCUGAUUGGCCGGAUUUAGUCAGUGCAGCGCAGGCCUUCAUAAGAUCAUUGGUGCAGAUGAUUAUAACCAGAAACAGCAGCGUUAGACUCAACCUGGACCAGUUUGCUUCCUACUUGACCGGUAAGGAAAUGGUGAGCAGGCAGAACGAGCAGCCCGGCUCUGCGGCAUCCAUGCUGUCGGUUCAUCUUCUCCUGGCCUCUCUGACCUCCUUCUCCCAAGCUAUAAUGUCUAACAUGGGGAGAAGCAAGGUAAUAGAUGAGACUUUAACAGAAAUACUCAGGAGGACGACGUCUUUACUCGGCCCUACUGUUGAGUCUGCCCUGAAGCCCCAAAGGGACUUCUGCGAGGCGGUAACCCAGCCAGCCGGCGCCCUCAGCCAAGCUUUUAUUGUGGAGGUUGUGACGGUGAUGCUGCAGUGUGAGCUGGCCUCGCUGUCGGCGGCGCCGGAGAACAGGCAGAUAGGCCCGACUCACAUGAACCUUUAUCAGGCCAUCUACCAGCAGAUCCUGAGAGAAAUGAGCUCUGCGCCGAGGCCCAUCGACUUCCUGGUCUGCUCGCUACGUUUCCUGUCAGCGUUUUACAAAGCGAUGGAGAAGAUGGGAGAGGAGCUCUACCUUCAGAUAAUACAGAGUUUGAACCGACUCCUAAAAGCUCCUUGGCUGUCGUCUACUGAUGCUGGACAGCUGGAGCCUGCAGUGAAGGAGCUGUUGCGCCACCUGGUGGAGAAAAGUACCACAGAUCAGUUCAACGUGCUUCUGUUGAUGAUCAGAGAAGGCCUGGAUGUUCGCAAGCUGGGGGCAGGAAACUGGAAGGAGGUUCUGUCAGCCGUAGUCAUGGUUAAGCUGCUGUCCACCUGUCAGCUACCAGAGGCCUGCUCGAAAGCUCUGUGGCUCAUCGCUCCGCAGAUCAUUUCUGCCAUGGUGUUCUUGGUGAGAACGUCCAGCCAGGAUCUCUCUCUGACCCUCCCUUUUACCGUUCCUACCGUGACGUCGUUGACGGCUCUGUUGCGCCAAGGCGAGGGGCUGAUUCCCAACCCUCAACAUGUGGUUCAGGUCCUUGGAGCGCUCCAGUCGCUUCCCCUCGACCACCUGAGUCCAACCGUUUACCAAUCUGCGUUCCUGGCCGUCCACGAAGGGCUGUUCGCCAUCAUCAAGUGUCAUCCCCAGGUGAUCCCCAAGGCGGCUCCAUCCUUCCUAAACGUUUUCUAUCGGCUGGUGGCGUCCGUCAUGCAGGAGGGUCGGCAGAAAGGCGACACCGAUGCAGGUGCCGACUGCGACGUGUAUUUGCAGUGCUCCAGGCUGACGGAGAGGAUGUACUCUCACAUCGCUGCCACACCUCAAAGCUUCACUGCACUGCCAGCCUUUAUGGUGGCUCAGUACGUCACGGAGCUGCAGAAGGUUACGCUGCGACCAGACGUCAAACUGCAUCUGACUGAGGGCAUCUACUGCAUCCUGGACCUGUGCAUGGAGCAGGAUAUCAAGUUUCUGAGAGCCGGGCUGCCCGCAGGGGUCAGAGAGGUGUUCAACGAGCUGCACAGCAACUACAUCCACUACCACAAAACGCAGAGACAAGGAGAGGACAAGUACACCGUGUGAUUCUCCCAAAACAACCUGAUUUAAAGACAAAUGAUGUGCCAUAAUGUCACGUAGAACUUUAGAAAGGUUAAAAGUUUGACGUUACAUUUCUUUUUCUAUUUUUGAUUCUAACACAACAGUCAAAAGACGUCAGGGUCACAGCAAUUCCCUUCAGUUUAAAUCACGUCUACAAACAUUUUAACUGAUCAGGCUAAGGGGCCUGUGAUGUUUUUGCUUUAGAAGACAGCUGAAAUUGAAAUAUUUGACUAUAGGAUUUUUCUAUCAGAUCUCCUUUUAUAAAAAUCUGUAUAAUUUAUGUUUUGGUUUUUUGUUAUCUAAUUAGUAAAUAUGAGUUGUAACCUAUCAAUACUUAUAUCAAGAGUUUUCUUCGUCUGUACCUUUGCCUUGUUUAUAAUGUAUGUUAUUUUCAUUGAAUGAAAAAAUAAAGUUUUAAAUAAA